AUGGAUCUACGAUUACAGCAGCCUGUUGCCAUUAUUCAGCGCCUAUGUAAACCUGAAACAAAUGUGACGACCGCUAACGUAAACGGAAUGCUCGAUGACCUUGUCACAUGUUUGAAUAAUGCACAAAACCAACCAGAUGGUUUACAUACUCUUACCGCCAUUUGUUAUGAGUUGACAUCAAUCAAGGCAUUAAAAUUACUCGAUAAUGAGCACAUAAUGCAACAUGAAUUGUUCAAUAUUCUUGGACGUACUCUUGAAAUGUUACUUACGAAAGCAACAUUUAUUCCGAUGACGAAGCACGAUGAACAGUGUUUCUAUGAAGCCAGUAAUCUGAUUGCUAAUCUGUGUUUGUACACAAAGAAACCAGCAGCAUGUUCCUGCGAUGACGCUCAUGACGAAUUAAACCUGAAUUAUGAGCAAGCAAUCAAUGAAAUAUCAUAUGCGACACUUUUUCUAACAAACUCAUUUCUUAAUAAACUCGCGCGAAUCUUAUCCGACGAUUUAUCUGCGAAUGACUAUGAACCGUAUCAUGUUAAAUACAAAGUUAUUGGCCGUCUACUUUGUCUUUGUACAGAAUUGAAUAAUAUUAAUCAUAGUGUACUAAUUGAUCCUGUUGUUCAAUGUUUACGCUCAGAUUAUUAUCGCAAUGCUUACGAAACUAUUGAUCUUCGGCAACCGAUUAUCAAUUCGAAGCAGCGAUUUUUCAUUUACCUAUGCCUGCAAUUCAUUCGUCUUCGCAGCAAUGAACGAAACGAUGAAGUAUCAAAUUCGCUAUGUGAUUCUAUUUUAGGAUAUGGUCAACAAAUUUUUGAACAACAUUUACCCAUAGCAUUAGAAAGUGAGGCUAUAGUAAGUUCAACAAAUGAAAAAAAGAAAAUUUUCAAGAGCGAACCAGGUGCAAAAUUACAAGCACUAGGUUGGCAUAUUGAAUUAUUGAAUCAUAUUGCUUUAACACCAACAGCAAGGAUUCAUUUUCUAGCAGGUACUCAUCAAAUAAUAAUUGAUCACAUGAUUAACAUAAUUCGCACAGAAUCAUUGAUUGCAAGUGUACAUGAAAAUGAUGAAUUGUUUCAUUCGGAUGUCCAUCUUGUGUCAUGCGCAAUAACAUUAUUGUAUAAUUUGACAUUCGAAAACAAAAUUUUGCUUCUACUGAAAGAAAAAAACCUUGCAGAAUUUUGUACGAAAUUGCACACAGCAAAACAGAGAACAAUACAAUUCGCAUCGCAAACGUUGUCCAUUCUAUUGAAUCAAAAUAAUAUUGACGCAAUAAAAUAUCCGUUGAUUAUGGCACAAAAUUAUUUGUUCUACAUAGAAAAUACACUGCAUGAGCGAUCACUAGUAUACAAUGGUGUGAAAUUAAACGGUGCAUUGACUUAUCUCGAACUGAUGGCUCAAAAUGAUUUGAUUAAAAACGAAAUCGGCCAUGACGAUGACGGUAUAUCCUUGCUUGUAAAAUGUGCACUGGAUCAACACCUGGACUUUGAAACAAUCCAAUGUCCGGCCUUGCGAAUUAUUGAAGCAGUUUCGUUUGGUGAUGAGAUAACUUGUAAAAAGAUGAGCGAUGAUAAUAAAUUAAUGGAUUAUAUCAAAUAUUUAUCUAAUGUAGACGAUUCAAGUUUAGGACCAACAGCGAAUCGUAUUCGAUGGAAAGUAGAGGACGAGAACAAAUUUAUUUCAGAUAAAAUCAAAAAGGAGUUAACACCCGCUACAUUAACAAAUAGUUAUGAUGCGAACAAUUCAAAUAAUCACCAGAUUAGUUUCAACUACAAUUGGGAUUUACCCAGUAGCAAAACAUCGGACAUGUUCGAUUUGAUCAUCAGCUAUCAUCAUAGUGAUAAAGAUAUUUGCAGUCAAAUUUAUGAACGAUUAACAGCAUCCUGCUUCUAUCGGAUUUCAUUUGAUAGAGAACGUGUUCAUGAAAUUCUACCGGAUGCGAUGGCUGAAGCUAUUGAAAAGUCAUCUAUAGUUCUAAUGUGUUUUUCCAGUAAAUAUCAGCAAUCCUAUGCAUGUCGAAUGGCAGCUGAAUAUGCCGAAAAACGGCAGCGACCAAUUAUUCCAAUGAACUUAGACGAAUUAUAUUGUCCAACUGGAUGGUUAAACAAUAUAGUAGCUAGUAAACAAUGUAUUAAUAUCGUGAAAUAUAAUCUUAACUCUUCUUAUGCGAACUUGAUUCAACAAAUCGAUAACAUUAAAAAGCAAAUCAACAUAAAAUAG